GGUUCAUUAACGACGAAUCAGAACUGAGUCUCUAUCCCGUGUAGGGAAUAGUUAGUUUGGGAGAUAGUUUAGCAUCUCUAGUACUGUUUAUCUUUGUAUCUACAGUUUUUGAGAUGGAAAUUAUUUCCGGAAAGGACUAAUAAUUUAUACAAAUAUAAUCAUUGAUUGAAAUUAGUUUCUUGGAUUUAUUAUUGAAAUGAAAUUUUUCGAGAGGAAUAGUUCCAGUAUGAAGGAGUUCAUUUUUAUAUUGAUUCUACUUGUAUUACUAAAGUUCACCACUGCUUUCAAUCCAUAUGAUUUUGAUGAAAGUGACCCUUGCAGUCGUAGAUGUCAUCGCUACUAUGCUCCGGUCUGUGGCUCAGAUGGAGAAACAUAUCACAGCGAAUGUAUCAUGCUUGUGUACGCCUGCAAGCGCCAACAACGGAUACGUGUCAAACACGUAGGAAAAUGCAGACCUUCAGCUAUUCCAGAUGUCGUUGUUUGUCCGCGAGGUUGUUCAUCUAUGAUGGUACCUGUCUGUGGGACAGAUUAUGUUGUAUAUGACAACGAAUGCAUGUUAAAAAAGGAAGCAUGUGAACAUAAGCCAUCACUAAAAAAGCUAUGUGAUGGCUUCUGUCCUGGUACAGGUAUCCUCAGUCGAUGCGCCCUCACAUUUAGAAUGGACUACAGACCGAUGUGUGCUACAGAUGGGCGGACUUACCUCAAUCAAGCUGUAAUCAAUGUAGCCGCAUGCCAAUCAAAUAAUCCAUCAUUACGUCGAUUUUCUUACGGACCGUGCGGUACUGACCAUCGAAAGAGGAGAAAGUGUAGGAAACUUCGCUGUGAGAUGUACACUUAUGAACCAGUUUGUGGUAUAGACUCUCGAACAUAUGAUAACAGCUGUAUAAUGCAAUAUGAAAAUUGUCUGGAUGGAAAUUAUGCUCAUGGUGCUGUAAGAACAUUAUACAAUGGUGAAUGUACUAUCAAAGUUGAAGUCCCACCUAAGUCAAAAUUGACCACAUUUCCAAUGAGUACGCAUGAUUUACAAGAAAAGGGUGGUGUAACUCGGUUGGAUGGACGAACAAACACAAUCAAACCUACACAAGAAAUGACAUCACAUGUCAAAAUUAAAGGAGAGACAUUUCAAACAACUCAGAUAUCAAGGACAAUUCAGCAAACACUAGUUACCAACAAGCUAACACCACAUAUAGAAGUGUCAGACACAAUUGAACCAACACAAAUUCUAGACACUACAACAGAGGAACGAAAAGUCAUACAGAAAUCACCAGAAAUAGUUCCAAAAACAAUAAAGCCAAAAGUAACUACAGACAAAGUAGUUGUUGAUGAAAAAAUAACGAUUAAACCAACAGCAGUUUCAGAGUCAACAACAGAGGAUGAACAAGUAACAGAAUUAUCACCAGAAAUAGUUCCAAAGACAAUAGAGCCAAAAGCAACUUCAGACAAAGUAGUUGUUGAUGAAAAAAUAACGAUUAAGCCAACAGCAAUUUCAGACUCAACAACAGAGGAGGAAAAAGUAACAAAAAAAACACCAGAAAUCGGGCUGACGACGAUAGAGCCAACACCAACAACAGACAAAGUAAUUGUUGAUGACAAAGUAACAAUUACACCAACAGCAUUUUCCCACUUAACAACAGAGGAAGAACAAGCGACACAAAAAAUACCAAAAAUCGGGCCAACAACAAAGGAGCCAACAACAGACAAAGUAAUUGUCGAUGACGAAGGAACGAUUAAACCAACAGCAAUUCCAGACUCAACAACGGAGGAAGAACAAGUAACACAAGAAACAAUAAAAAUAGGACCAAAGACAAUAGAGCCAACACUAACAGCAGACAAAGUAAUUGUUGAUGAAAAAAAAAAAAUUGAAUCAACAGCAAUUCCAGACUUAACAACCGAGGAAGUACAAGUUACACAAAAAACACCAGAAAUAAGGCCGAUGACAAGAUUGCCAAUAGCAACAACAGACAAAGUAAUUGAUGAGGAAGAAACAAUUAAACCUACGGUAACGCCAGACAAAACCAUAGAAGAGGAACAAGUCACACAAAAACUAGAAACAAGGCCAAAGACAACAGAACCAACACUUACAAAAGACAAAGUAAUUGUUGAUGAGGAAGAAACAAUAACAAUAGUUAUUCCAGACAAAACAACAGCGGAACGAAAAAUCAUACAGAAGUCACCAGAAAUAGAGUUGAAAACAAUAGAGCCAAAACCAACUACAGAUGAGGAAUGGCAAGUUACACAAAAAACACAAGAAAUACAUCCAACACCAAUGACGAGCAAAGUUUUUGUUGAUAAGCAAGGAACGAUCAGACCAACAAAAAUUCCAGACACAACUAUAGAAAAAAAACAAGAGACAAAAAAACAAACACUAGAAACACUUGAAACAGUAAAGCCAAUACCAACAUUUGACGCAUUGGAUGUUACUAAUGAAAAUACAAUGGAUCCAAACAUAUUUCAAGGUACUACAAUAGAGAGACAAAAGGUCACACAAAAGCCAACACCACAAGUAGGAAAGGAAACAGAAAAGUUGUCACCAACAACUCCGGAAAUCUUAGAGUCCUCUCAAAAGACUAGUCAUCAAUUUACAGAUAGUAUAACAAUAGGAACUGAUCAAACAGGAGAACCGGACUCUUCAGUACGCAAAUCGCUUCCUCCAACUCCCGUACCUCCACCUACACAACCAGCUGGUACAAGAGGAAUAACAGGAAAAGGAACACCUUCACCAAUUAUAAUGGAAUUGCUAACCUCAGAUAGCACUGUUAAUGCCACGGUUUCUUUAAGUACAGUAACCAUGUCUGAAGAGCUAGUUCCUGUAAUUAGUUCCACUGUUAACAAAACGUUCAUAUUGACAACUAGUGAAUCAAAAAUACAGUCUAAGCCUCCACCAGUUUUCUCAACAACCUCAAGGCCUGUUGAAGUAGUAUCAACAACUGCUAAAUUUGUCAGUGUUGAUCAAGAGACUGGUAUUGGAAAACAAUUUGUAACAUCAUUGAAACCGGAAAUUACAACUGUUCCUGAUGUUUUUACUACACCACAGAUCACUGAUAUUGUAUCAAAUGAAGUUAGUGGGGAAACUGGUUCUGGAGAAAUGAUAACAUCAAACAAAGUAUCAGGUUUUAUGAGCACAUUUAAACAAACACCAAUUCCCCAAGAAGAGCAGGAACCUACAGAGGAAUCACAUAUUGGCAAGAAUUACACUCAUGAACAUCCAACAGGUACUAAAUCAAUAAAAGAUGAUGGCUUAAUAUCAGCAACACAAAAAACUUCAUCAAUUCCAAAAGCAGAUUCGGUAAUAGGGGAUUUUACAUACAAUGUUUCAAAAACACAGGCCUCAAAAAAUACUGCCGUAAUGCACGAAGAACUCACCACACCAGACACAGAAGUAGAAAUACAGCAGACAAAAACAAAGUUGGCUAUAAAAACUACACCUAUUGUUGAAAUCAUUGAAGAUAUUCUAACAACACUAAUGCCAAAUGACACUGAUUUAGAAGAACAAUCUACUUCCACAUCUCAAGGAAUGACCAGUGCCACAGUAGGGGAAAAUAUGGUUGCAACAACACAUUCAGUGACACCAACUUCAAGAUCUGAUGGAGUGGCAUCUACAACAGCAAAGUCUGUCACUGUGGAUCAACAGCCCGAUAUUGUAGAACAAAUUGCAACAUCUUUGAAAGCACAAAUUACAGCAGAUAUAAAUGUGUUUACUACAGAGCAGCAUACUGAUAUUGUAUCAAAAACACAAGAUGGUGAAUUUGGUUCUGGAGUUGAUGAAAUGGUAACAUCAGACAAAAUAUCAGGUUUUAUGAGAACGUUCACACAAACACCGAUUUCUUAUCAAGAGCAGGAUCCUACACAAAAAUCUUCUAUUGGCGAAAGUUUUACGCAAACACAUCCAACAGGUACCAAAUCAAUUAAAGAUAAAUACUUAAUAACAGCAAAACAACAAACUCCACCAAUUCCUGGAGCAGGCUCUACAACAGUGGCUUCAAAAGUGGAUAUUUCGAAAACACAAGCUCCAGAAGACAUUGAGGAAGUGCAUGAAAAACUAACCACAUUAAAAUCACACACCAAAAUAGAUAUAACGCAGCCAACACCAAGUGCUGAAAUUAUUAAUCCAAAGACAGCAAUUUCAAUGCCAAUUGAUUUGGAAAAACAAUCAACUUCCACAUACGUAAAUUCUGCUAGUUUUACAAUGGAAGGAGGAAAUAUUGUUGCAACAACACCACAAUUUACACCGAAUGAUUUGCAGAUGAUGACGACCGGUGAAUCUGGAGAUGUGAUUAAAACAAAAAAGGAGACAUUAGAAUUGACGACCACAGACAGUAUUGCUGAUACCACUAUUUCUUUCAGCAAAGUCACAAUGUCAAAAGACUUAAAUAAUGAAUUAACUUCUGGUGUUAGCAAAACGAUUAUAUCAACAACAACUGAAGAUAAAUUAAAAUCUCACAAGCCUAUGCCAGUAGUUGAUGUUUUUUCAACCACUGUAAGACCUGUUGAAAUACCAUCAACUGCUGCUAAGGCCAUCACAGUACAACAAAAGUCUGAUGGUGUAGAAAAAUUAGUAACAUCUUUGAAACCAGAAUCUUCAGCUUUUGUCGAUGCUUCUACUACGCCGCAAGUCACUCAUAUUGUAUCAAAGAAACAAGAUGUUGAAAUUGGUUCGGGAGUUAAAGGAAAUGAAACAUCAGAUAAAUUAUCAGGUUUUAUAAGCACAUUUAAACCAACACCAAUUCCAAGUAAUGAGCACAAACCCACACCAGAAGCAGAUGUUAUUGAUAGAUUUACACAGAAGCAUCUAACAGAUGGCAAAUCAGUUAAAGACGACAAAACACAGGCUCCGGAAGAAAUUGAUAUAUCGGAUAAAGGACUCACCACAAUAAUACCAGACACAACAGUAGAAGUACAUCAGACAACCACAAAAAUGGCAGAAAAAUCAACACCGAUUGUUGAAGUUAUUCAUGCUAAGCAAACAACACCAAUGCCAAUUAAAACUGAUCUGGAUGAACAAUCUGUUUCUCCAUCUGUAAAACCAACUGAUUUAGCAACGACUAGUGACCCUACAGUAGGAGGAGGAAAAAUGAGUGCAGCGACACAAUCAGUUACACCAAUGCAACAACCCAACGUAGUUCAGACGACAACCAGUGAACCUGUAGCUGUGAUGAAAACAGAUAAAGAGACAUUGGAAUUGACGACGUCAGAUAGUAUUGCUCAUACCACCAUUUCUUUAAGCAAAGUAACCAUGUCGCAAGAGUUAGUCAAUGCUUCUACUACACUGCAACUCACUGAUGUUGUAUCAGAAGGACAAGUUGUUGAAAUUGGUUCUGGAAUUGAAGGAAAGGUAACAUCAGAUAAAGUAUCAGGUUUUAUAAGCACAUUUAAACCAACACCAAUUCCAAGUAAAGAGCACAAACCAACAACAGAAACAGAUGUUAUUGACGGAUUUACACAAAAGCAUUCAACAGAUGGCAAAUCAAUUAAAGACGACAAAACACAGGCUCCAGAAAAAAUUGAUAUAAUGGAAAAAGAACUCUCCACAAUAAUACCAGACACAACAGUAGAA